GUGACGUCAGAGGGCUGCGCCGCGCUCCUGCAUCUGUUGUGAUUCGGAUGAAGAAAGGACAAAGUGUCAAAACACACAGAAAAACUCCCGCUGAAGCUGCUGAGAUCCAUGUGGCACCAUAAAGAUGGAAUUUAUUAAAGAGGAGAGUGAAGACAUAAGGAUUGAAAAACCAUUCAGAGUUAAACAUGAAGAUAAUGAGGAACAAACAGAGAUGGUGCUUCUUAAAGAGGAGAGUGAAGACAUGAGUAAUGGAGAAACAUUCAGAGUCAAACAUGAAGAUACUGAGGAACAAAUAGUGAUGGUGUUCAUUAAAGAGGAGAGUCAAGACACGAGGACUGAAGAAACAUUCAGAAUCAAACAUGAAGAUACUGAGGCACAAACAGAGAUGGUGCUUAUAAAAAGGGAGAGUGAAGACAUGAGUAAUGAAGAAACUUUCAGAGUCAAACAUGAAGAUACAGAGGAUCAAACAGACAAAAUGGCACCAAAAGAGGAGAGAAAAGAACUGAAUGAAAGCAAAGAGAAGGAUCAGAAUGAGGAACUUUCUGAUUUCAUAACUGCAAAAAAAUCUGGAAAGACUGUAAAAAUGUCCUCACAAAAAAGAGCCCAGAAGACCAAAUCUAAAACCUGCCAUCAGUGUGGAAAGAGUUUCAGAGAGAAAAAAAACCUUAAUGACCACAUGAGGGUUCACACUGGAGAAAAGCCUUUCACCUGCCCUCAGUGUGGUAAGAGUUUCAGUCUCUCAGGUAACCUUAAAAUUCACAUGAGAAUUCACACUGGAGAGAAGCCUUACACCUGUCCUCAGUGUGGAAGGAGUUUCAGUCACACUGGAAACCUUACAAGCCACAUGAGAAUUCACACUAGAGAGAAACCUUACACAUGCCAACAGUGUGGAAAGGGUUUCAGUGGGAAAAAAAUCCUUAACGACCAUGUGAGAAUUCACACUGGAGAGAAACCUUACACAUGCCAACAGUGUGGAAAGGGUUUCAAUGGGAAAAAAAUCCUUAAGGACCACAUGAGAACUCACACUGGAGAGCAACCCUACAUAUGCCAACAGUGUGGAAAGUGUUUCAGUCAAAAAGCGAACCUUAUGAGCCACAUGAGAAUUCACUCUGGAGAGAAGCCUUACAUCUGCAAACAGUGUGGAAAAUGUUUCACUAAAAAGUGGAACAUCAUAAAACACAUGAGAAUUCACACUGGAGAGAAGCCUUACACAUGCUCUCAGUGUGGAAAGUGUUUCAGACAUAAAGCAUCCUUUGAUUCCCACAUGAUAAUUCAUACUGGAGAAAACCCUCACACCUGCAAAUUGUGUGGGAAGAGCUUUACACGAAAAGGAUCUCUUAAGAAUCACAUGUUCAUUCACACUGGAGAGAAGCCGUUCACUUGUGAUCAGUGUGGAAAGAGUUUCGGACGAAAAGUAACCCUUAAUGAACAUAUGAAGAUUCACUUUAAGAGAAGUGUUUUAGAUGGUGUCAGUAUGGAAUGAUUUUCUCAGACAGGAAAAACCUUAACAAUCAUGAAAUAUCUGGAGAGGAGUGUGCCAUCAUUACCCAUGUUUUCCCAAAUAAUCCAAUAAUAAUCUGAAAAGCUGUCAUGUAAACACCUCAAUCAGUCAAUUGAGCUUGAUGUAAAUGAAAUGUCGAUAUGAUGAAAGAGGACCUGAAAUAAUUCAAUCAGUACAGAGCAGUACGUUCAUCCUCGGUAGUUCAGACUGUGCAUUUGACUCGGGAGUGUAGUGUCGGUGACCAUGCAAACCUGCAAACAGCAGCGUGCUUGAUAACAUCAGUCAGCUCGCCUUGGCUACUGCAAUUUUCCUCACUGUAUAUUUACAAUAAAACUAAAUAGGAUAUCAAAUACCACUGCCUCCUUUAGUUUUCAUUUAAACAUAAUAACAGCUGCAGAAAUGAACUUCGUUCAGGGAUCUGUGUAUAUAUACAGUAGUGCUGGGCGGUAUACCGGUUCAUACCGAAACCCGGUGUAUAUUUUUGUUACGAUU